AUGCCAAAGUUAAACUUUACAGUCAAAUAUAAUGACCAUCACAAGUUUAACAAAGAUCGGAAGUAUUCUGGACCGUUACCAGGAGUUGAUGAUCAACGAAUACGACGUGUUCCAGAUGUGCUUGAACCGUUACAUUAUCAUAUUCGUAUUCAACCAUAUUUUCCAACCGAAAAAGUACCUGUUCCAGAAAAGGAUAAUAUGACGUUUGAUGGUGAGACGACAUUCAUAUUUCGGGUGAAAAACAGUACAAAAAACUUCGUUCUUCAUUCCGUUGAAUUGGACAUUAGUAAAACAGAAUUAUACGACGAAAAUGCUACACUAAUUCCAUCAACACUAACGUAUAACAAUACAUUUCAACAAAUUGUAAUUAAACCAAUAGAUCAUAUUCCUGUAGUAGGAAAGAAAUAUAUUUUACACUUUAAAUAUUGCGGAAAGAUUAAUCCAUAUCAACUUAGCGGCAUUUAUUACACUUCGUAUACGGAUAUCAAUGGAAAAGUGCAUUGGAUGAUUGCAACACAGAUGGAAGCAGUUUCAGCUCGACAAGUUUUUCCGUGCAUGGAUGAACCUGCAUUUAAAGCCGUCUUUCAUUUAACUCUUAUUUAUCCAGAAGGUUAUGUUGCUUUAGCAAACACCAUGGAACGAGAACCUCUACGAGUCGAUCAAAUAACAAGCGGAAACUCUGUUUGGAAUGUCAUACAGUUCCCCCCAUCGUUAAAGAUGUCCACUUACUUAGUCGCUUUUGCCGUCGGUCCAUUUGUCAGCCGUUCCAGCACUACACAGGAUGGCGUCUUGGUACGCGUCUGGGGUUGGACAGGUCAAGAAAAAGAUCUUGAAACUUCUGUAAAUAAUUCUGUAAAAUGUUUAGAUGCGAUGGCUCGUUUCACCAAUUUCAAAUAUCCUAUGGCUAAAUCAGACCAACUUGGGCUUCCAGAAUUUGUUGCCGGUGCGAUGGAAAACUGGGGUUUAAUAAUCUACAAAUAUCAGUUCAUUGCAUUUAAUCCUGCGAUUCAUAACACUUACAACAGACAAGCAGCAGUAAGAGUGGUUUGUCAUGAACUUGCUCAUCAAUGGUUCGGCGACACAGUUUCGGCAGCUUGGUGGGACGACCUGUUUCUGCAGGAAGGAAUGGCUGCAUUCUUCGAAAAUUUUGCUCCUCAACUCGCAUUUAAAGAACAACAAAAUUUCCUUGAGGAAAAGUUUUUGGUGGAAUCAAUGCAACAAGCGCUGGUCUCUGACGCCAUAGUUGAUAGUUCCCAUGCACUCUUUUACUGGGAUGGCCCUGCUUUUGAUGAUAUCACCUAUCUCAAGGGUUCUUCGCUGCUUCGGAUGAUGAGAUAUGUAUUAGGUCCGAAAAUUUUCCAAGAAGCAAUACAAGAUUAUAUAGCUACGUAUAAGUAUGGAAAUGCCAACCACGAUAUGUUUUUCCAAAAACUUACAGAUGCAGCAAAACGAAAUAACAUGAAAGAUUGGUGCAACGAACCAUUCGAUGCGUCUAUCUGGUUGAAACCAUGGUUUUAUCAACAGAGCUUUCCGCUGAUCACAGUGAAGAAUGAUAAGCCAUUAGAUCCUGCCGUUGUCACUCAAGAACCAUUCAACAGCAUUGACACUCUUCCUAAAAAUGGCACACAGUCUAUGACAAAUUAUAAUUACACGUGGCCAAUUCCUUUAUACAGUGAAAACUAUAGGAAUAAGAGUACGAAUGAGGGCUCUGUAUCAGUCGACUGGCUAGUUCCUGAUUAUGCUAAAACUCAUUGUCGGAAGCAAAUGGCGAAACCAUCAAACAAGGCUUUGCAUUGGGAACUGUAUAACACACAAUCUGUUGCAUUUAUGAGAACUCAGUAUGAUGACGUUGGAUACGAUCGACUGCUGAAAAGACUAUUGUUACACCCAGAAAAGAUUUCUCCUGCUAACAAAAUUGUACUAAUCGGAGACCAAAUAGCUUUGAUGAAGUUAGACUUUUCCAACAAAAAAAGAGCUGCUAACAAACCGUUUACAUUCAAACGAGUUUUGGAAAUGCUUGAUACACUUCUACCAACUUCUGAUCCUAAUUUUGGAGCUGUCGAACUAGCUCAAAAUUCUUUUUUGAAGGAUCUUGAGACAAUGUUUAUAGAUACUUCUGAUUACGGGCUUUUCAAGCUGUUUGUGCGACGGCUGACUGAGAGUACAUACAAAUUUCUUGGCUGGAAUAUAAGUGGAGAGUGGGAGAAAGAUGUGCUGCGGUACUUGACUUUUCCGUAUGCCGUCAGAUAUGAUGUACCUGGCGCUACUGAAAAAGCGCAGGAAUAUUUUCUCCAAUAUUUGAAAGACUGUAAAAACGCUCAAAAUGGAACUACUCUGUGCACAAACAUUCACCCUGAUCUUCGAAAAGUAGUUUACUGUGGAGGAAUAAAAGCAGGAAGUGAUAGCGAUUUUGACGCAUUGCUUGCUUUCUACAAUCAGGAAUAUAAAUAUAACUUUUAUUAUUACGAUGAAUACUAUGCUAUGCUCGAAGGAUUAGCAUGUACUCCGUCAAAAAAGAAUAUUCAUAGGUUAAUUCCUCUGUUGCUGGAUACAUACCGACUGCCACAGAACAAAUACCAUUUGGCUUCCUUGCCGCUCUACUUCUUAUCAAAGAAUCCAAUAGGUAGUGACUGUCUAGCUGAGUUUAUAAUGAAUAAUGCAUCAGUGGUGGCUAACUCACCCAAUCUGGAAGAGUAUAUCAACGCUAUGACAGUAAACUGGAAUUCAGAAAGACGUCUACAACAACUGAAAGAUAUUGCUGCUCAGUUAGCUCCACACAUAUCAGAUGAAAUGCGAAAUAUGACUGUCAAAUAUGAACAUUUAGUUGAACAACAAAUAGAGAAUCGAGUCAGAUAUACUCCUGACAUAAUUCGAUAUCUGUACGACAACAAAGAAAUUGUCAAGGAGAACAUCGAAAACUGGAUCAAACCACUGGAAUUAGGCCUGGAACCAUAUUCAUAUGACCUUAUUGUAAAGCCGUAUUUCCCUGGCUCUGCACUUUAUCCAUGGUGGAAGAAUUUAACCUUCGAUGGUAGUGUUACGAUCAAAGGACAUGUAAUCCGAACGACGCAGAAAAUAAGUAUUAACGCUCAUAGACUGAUAAUUCAACCUGAAGAUAUUCAAUUUACAUUAUAUAGUUCCGAAACACCUCCUAGAGUUUGUCAGUUCGAAAAUUUUGUUAAAGACUAUCAGAAUGGAAUUCUCGAGUUUACACUCAGUAAUGGCUGUCUAGCAAUUAUUGACUUUAAUUUCACUUUGACGAUCAACUACACAGGAUUUAUAUUUGGAGAACCAAGAAAAGGAGUAUACACUAACACAAAUUAUUUUGAAUUUAACGACAAAAAAGCGUGGAUCUUCGCUACUUAUUUUGAAUCUGGACCAAGUGCUCGUUCUCUUGUUCCUUGCUUUGAUGAGCCGCAGUAUAAAGCCGUUUGGACAGUAACCUUGUCACAUCCAGCAGACACUGUUGCUCUAGGAAAUAUGCCUGAUCAAGGAACAACUCUUGAAGCUGAUGGUUGGGCAACUACAAGAUUUAUGCCGACACCAAAAAUGUCUAGUUACUUGUUGUCGCUUGCUGCAGGGCACUUUGCUUCUCUGCAGACUAUUUCUAAAACUGGUAUACUGAUUCGGACCUGGGCCUGGACAGGCAUGGAACUGUACGCAGAACACGCUUUAAAGACGGUGAUGGGUACUGUUGACUUUAUGGGCGAAUACUUUAACUUUACUUAUCCACUGCCCAAGCUCGACGUACUUGCUUUACCACAGUACACGAAUCGAACUGGCGCCGAAGAACACUGGGGAUUGAUUCAUGUGUAUUAUUCAAGAGAGUUAGUGGAUCCUCGUUACGCAACUGCAGCAAUUUAUAUGGAUGCUGCAUCCGUAUGCGCUCAUGAAACUAUUCACCAGUGGUUUGGGAAUUUGGUAACUAUGUUGCACUGGAACGAAGUCUUCCUAAACGAGGGUUUUGCUAAUUAUUGGGAAACAAACGGUUUGAUGAAUACACAUAAGCAACAAACAGAAUAUGAAAGGUAUGAACGAUUUCGUAAAGCUACUGUUGCACUAACCUAUGAUACAGAUAUAUCAUUGGCGAAACCAGUAAUUGCAGAGAAACCCAGCUACUUUACCGGAGAAACUUACCACAAAGGAGCAACUAUGCUUCAUAUGUUGAGCAAUACGAUCGGUCCAAAAUUCUUACAACUGGGUCUUCAAGAUUAUAUAAAAAAAUACGCGUUUAAAAACGCGAUAGAAUCUAAUUUGUGGGAUGCAAUCAACAAUGCACUAAACAAGUCAGUUGAUGGUUGGAACGGCAAUCCACUAAAUAUUAGUGAACUGAUGGCUCCUUGGAUGCACCAGGCUACUUUGCCAGUACUAAAAGUGGAAAAGAAAGGGGCUGCAAUGCAGUAUUCUCAAGAACCAUAUAUAGCAGAUAUAGCGAAUCAUACAGAAGGAAAAUACGGAUACAAAUGGCCAAUACCAAUUUGGUCAAAAACUCCCAACGGACAAGAAAGUCUGCACUUCUUCGUUGAAGACAGCAAUGACCCGUAUUGGACACGACAGGUUGAGAGCCCUGCUUCAGUCGACAAUGUUGGCUUUCGGUCUUUCGUAAUGGUAUGGUAUGACGACGAUACAUGGAGUUCUAUCUACAACCAACUAAAAACUGAUCUAAACUCUUUUGACGAAAUUACUCGGGCUCAAUUCAUUAUCGACAAUUUCUACUUGAUGAAGCGAAAAGCGCUGAACUGGAAACGUUUGUUAGACCUCGGGUUGUUGUUACAAGGUGAAACAAGUCUUGCACCGGUCGCUGCAUUUACAAAGGUCAUGAAUUUGUUGCUCACUGGAUUCCGAAAUACCGAUUACGAACCACGAAUAAAGAAGUACAUCCAAAAUGUACUGAAACCAAUUUACCAACGGCAUAAUUGGAAUACGAGCGGCAUUUGGACCCAAGAUCUUCCACCAGAUUUCCGCCGAAGCCAGUACUGCUAUGGCUUGCAGAAGAAUUCUACAGAAUAUGAUUUAGUUGAAAAACUUUACACUUGGUCAGCGGUAAAUGCCAAAUAUUUUGGUAGGGAUACGGACAAUUUGCUUUAUUCCUUAUCCUGCGUUCAAAAUCAAGCCAAUGUAAACAGAAUACUGAAAAAGAUAUUUAAUGGAGAUUAUCCGUCUGCUGCGUUUGAAUAUGUUGCGCAAAAUUGUAAGGAUACCGAAAUGUUAAAAUAUUUCAAAGAUAAUCCAGAUUCUGUUUAUGGUGCUGCAGAAUUUUCUGAUUUUAUUAGAGCUGCAGUUAAAACUUACACCACUGAUGAACAAUUGAAUGAGCUGAAAUCACUUGCCAAUGUUUUGAGUACUCAAACUGACAAAGAUACGCUGGAAUCUGGCAUUAAAGUUGUUAAAGCAAAUAUUGCAUGGGUAAUAGAGAACACGAAGACGGAAGCAGGAUUAGUGCCAUGGCUCGACAAUAACCACAUCAGGCGUAUCAAAACUCUGUAG